CUCGGAGAGAGAGAGAGAGAGAGAGAGAGAGAGAGAGAGAGAGAGAGAGCGACAGCGUGCCGGCAGCCGAGCUCCGACUCUCAGAGCGCGAGUCACCCACGGGGAGGGGGGAGGGAGCGGAGAAGCGAGCGAGCGAGAGAGCCACGCUUAAGAAAGCUCGGGGAGUGUCCAGGAGGGGCUGAGGCGGAACAAGAGGAGCGGUGCUGAGGGAGUUCCACACAUACACACCUUGAGUGGUGCCCAGACACCGCACGAGACGCACGCACGAGACGACACACACACACACACACGCAGACUCACACGCACAUUCGCGCACGACUAGGCGAGCGCGGGCGUCUCACACACACCCCAGCGAGAGGGCGCGCGUGGAAUCCGAGCUCUCAGCAUCCAAGCCUUCCCCGCUUUGCCUCUCCCUGUCUCUGUCUGUCUGUCUGUCUGUCUCUCUGUGGUUCCUUUCCAGUCCCACGCGCUUUCUGGUCCUCUUGUCUCCCCUCCCCUUUCUUCCCCAGCCCUCCCACCCCCACCUCUUUGCUCUCAAACUCUGCCUCCCCGAGUCCUGAAAAAAUGCCUGCCCGUGAAGCGAGGAGAGGGCAUCGGGUCUGUAAAUAAGAAUGGCGGCACCUGACCUGUUGGACCCCAAAUCUGCCACUCAGAACUCCAAGCCACGGCUGUCAUUUUCUACCAAGCCCACUGUACUUGCUUCACGCGAGGAAAGUGAUACAACUAUUAAUGUGAUGAAAUGGAAGACAGUAUCAACCAUUUUUCUAGUUGUGGUUUUGUAUUUAAUUAUUGGAGCUACUGUAUUCAAAGCCCUGGAGCAGCCACAUGAAACCAGCCAGAGAACAACUAUUGUGAUCCAGAAGCAACUGUUUGUGUCACAGCAUGCCUGUGUGAAUGACACCGAACUAGAAGAUCUAAUUCAGCAAGUUGUGGCAGCAAUAAAUGCAGGAGUCAAUCCUAAAGGAAAUAUGCCAAAUCAAGUCAGUCACUGGGAUUUGGGAAGUUCCUUCUUCUUUGCGGGGACUGUUAUUACCACCAUAGCUCAAGUUGUUUGUAAUUUAGGAUUUGGGAACAUCUCACCACGUACAGAAGGUGGAAAAAUAUUCUGUAUCAUCUAUGCCUUACUGGGAAUCCCUCUCUUUGGUUUUCUGUUGGCCGGAGUUGGAGAUCAACUAGGGACCAUAUUUGGGAAAGGGAUCGCCAGAGUAGAAGACACAUUUGUUAAAUGGAAUGUGAGUCAGACAAAGAUCCGCAUAAUAUCAACAAUAAUAUUCAUACUGUUUGGCUGUGUUCUGUUUGUUGCUCUUCCAGCAGUCAUUUUCAAGCACAUAGAAGGCUGGAAUACAUUAGACGCAAUUUAUUUUGUAGUUAUCACCUUAACAACAAUUGGAUUUGGUGAUUAUGUUGCAGGGGGAUCAGAUAUUGAAUAUUUUGACUUUUACAAACCAGUUGUGUGGUUCUGGAUUCUGGUGGGUCUUGCAUAUUUUGCUGCUGUCUUGAGCAUGAUUGGCGAUUGGCUAAGAGUUAUAUCCAAAAAGACCAAGGAAGAGGUGGGAGAGUUCAGAGCUCAUGCAGCCGAGUGGACAGCCAAUGUUACCGCAGAGUUCAAAGAAACCCGGAGGCGCCUGAGCGUUGAGAUCUAUGACAAAUUCCAGCGGGCUACCUCCAUCAAAAGAAAGCUCUCUGCAGAAAUGGCAGUGAAUCACAGCCAAGACCUGACUCCUUGCAAAAGAACCUUGUCUGUCAACCACCUCACCAGCGAGAAAGAUCUCUUGCCUGCCAUCACAAAGACAGAUAGCAUUUAUAUGAAUGGCUUAACUCCUCACUGUGCAGCGGAAGAAAUUGCUGUGAUUGAGAACAUUAAGUAGCAGUGACUUUGAAGCCUGAUCUUUUAAUAAGAAGCCGCCUAUGGUUUAGA